AUGAGCUGCUCCGGUACCAAUAAUUUCUGUGAGGAAAAGUCUGGUUUCUCACCGGGUGAUUUCGCUGAGGCAACAACGGACCCUUCGCGAUGGAGACUGUCCAGCGACGGCGGUCGCAACGUUUGGCAUUAUUUGACAAGGGACGAAGACAUCCAAAGAUGGCCACAGACGGCGGUGGACAGAUACCAUUUGGGUUUAUCCACUGGCUUUCCUGAAGUUGAGCCGGCAAAAACGCCCAUGCACAAAUCGUGGCUCCUGAAUACAGCCAACUGGCUUAUUGUCAACAUUUGGAAUCCUUAUCUCCGUCACGAUAAGCUCAGGACCGCUGCAGAGGCAUGGGUUUACGAUCUCAUUCAGCACGAGGAUGAGAAUACCGAAUACGUAAAUCUCGGACCCGUGAAUGCCCCAAUGAAUACCCUGGUUUGCUACAUUCAACAAGGCCCAAAGAGCACCGCCAUGGCUCGCCAUCUAGACCAUCUGACGGAUUACCUAUGGAAGAAGGAUGAAGGCAUGCUCAUGAACGGAACCAACGGGGCCCAGGUCUGGGAUACAGCCUUUUCCAUCCAGGCUAUCGUGGACACAGGCCUCGCGGACGAUCCUAGGUACCAGCCUACGCUCAUGAAGGCUCUCGAGUUUCUGAAAGAACACCAGAUUCGGGACGACUGUCGAGAGCAGGGUAUCUGCUACCGUCACUACAGAAAAGGAGCGUGGCCCUUCAGCACCCGGCAACAGGGCUAUACCGUCACCGACUGCACUGCUGAAGGGUUAAAGAGCGUCUUAGCACUUCAGAGCAUCCCCGGCUACCCGAAGAUAGUCACAGAGGACAGACUUUGCGAUGCCGUAAACAUCCUACUAUCGAUGCAAAACAACACAGGUGGGUGUUCUAGCUACGAACUCCGUCGCGGGAGCGAGCACCUGGAAUACCUGAAUGCCGCAGAGGUGUUUGGCCAGAUCAUGGUUGAAUACGAUUACGUUGAGUGCACAGCGGCAUGUAUGCUGGCACUCAACAAAUUCCGCAAGGCCAACCCAUUUUACCGAGCCCUGGAAAUUGAAAAUUUUAUACAACGAGCGAUCAAGUUUAUCCGAUCCGCUCAACGGGAUGACGGCAGCUGGUAUGGUUCUUGGGGAAUAUGUUUCACCUACGGAACCAUGUUUGCUCUUGAGGCGCUGGAGGCCGUUGGCGACACCUGGCAUAACAGCGAAUCCAUUCGAUGCGCUUGCAACGGCCCCAAGGGUGCCUUUACUCACUAA